UAAGAGGCGUUUUAGUCCGAGUCUUCUUGGUUUUUUUUUAUAGUCUUCGAGUGUUUAAAGAUGGGUCCUAAAAAGGCAGCUGCUGAAACUAAACUUAGCUCUCCUCCAGCUCGAAGCCCCGAGACGAAAACGAGCGAGGAAACCAACGCAGAAGUUUCUGAAGACCAGACUAAAGCCACGGUGCCGCGGAAGGCCUCCACUCAUCCACCCACGAUUGAGAUGGUGAAGGAGGCGCUGAAGGAGCUGGACUCUAGGAAAGGCGUUUCUGCUCAGGCUAUCCGCACCUUCAUCAGAGAAAAACACCCAACAGUGGACGAGACGAGGGUCAAGUUCAUGGUCCGUAAAGCUCUCCUUAAAGGUCUAGAGUCGGGUGCUUUUGUGCGACCUGCUAACUCCAGUUCAACUGGAGCCCAGGGCCGCUUCCGGCUGGCAGUUAGAAAGCCUAAAGAUGCUAAACCACCCAAGAAGACCAAAGAGGCUAAGGAGAACACUAACCCCAACGUUGGCAAGGCCAAAGCUAAGGAUGCAGGGGCAGAGAAGACAAAGCCUGCAAAGAAAAAGUCUGCAGCAGAUGGGGACAAACCUAAGAAACCCAAGAAAGAUGCUUCGGCUUCAAAAGUGGCUCCAGCAAAGAAACCCAAGGCCAAGCAAGCUGCCAGUAAUGCAGAAGAGCCAGAACCUAAAGCUCAAACCUCAAAGAGCGAGGGAGCAGAGUCGGGGAAAACCGCAGCGAAGAAAGCAGGAAAGAAAGGGGCCCAGAAAGCUGAGGAAGGAGGAAACGAGGGAGCGGAAGUGGCAGCAGCACCAAAGAAAGGGAAGAAAGCAGCUCAGAAAACGGAAGAUGGAGAGAAGAAAGCGAAUGAUGGAGGAGAUGAAGGUAGCGCUGCAGCUCCUAAAGCCUCGGGGAGAAAAGGCAAGAAAGCAGCUGAGAAAUGAAUAGAAAAUUGAAAAUUUUAACCUCUGCACUUUUAUGUAUAAACAAUAAAGCCUUUUGUACUUA